AUGAUCUCUCUUGGCUUGUAUAUCGAUGGUCACCUGGUUCCAGGUCUACAACAGAAAAAGAAAAGAUACAACCAGGAUGGCGAUUUUAUUAUCGGAGGACUCAUCACUGUAAAUGUGGCCUCAACGCUUACCACUUAUGAUUAUCGACUGCGUCCUGCUGAAUUAAACACAUAUACAUGUGUUAAGAUAAAUCUUAUGUCCUACCAGAAUUUGGUGGCCUUCAUAUUUGCAAUUUCUGAGAUAAAUGAGAAUCUGGAAAUUCUUCCUAAUAUAACUCUUGGAUUCUAUACUGCAGACCCUUGUUUUAGUGAAAAUUAUGCAGUGAAGGGAAUACUUAACAUCAUUUCAACAGAAAAAGCAUCUUCAGCUAUACCUAACUAUCGUUGCGGAACAUCAAUGAAACUGGUGGGAUUCGUGGAUGGUAUAUCUUCCAAAGUGACUCUCCUGCUGGCCAGAAUGUUUGGUUCUUACAAAAUUCCACAGAUUAGCUACUCAUCGUUGGAUUCCACCCUAAGUGAUAAAGUCCAGUUUCCAUCUUUCUACCGCACUGUCCCCAAUGAAAAUAUCCAAUACAAGGCAAUAGUCAAGUUGCUUAGAUAUUUUGGCUGGUCCUGGGUCGGAAUGUUGGUUUCCGAUGAUGAGUCUGGAUUGAAGGCCAGUCAAGUGCUUCAGGAGGAGCUCUCUCUACAUGGAUACUGUGUUGCUUUUUUGGAAUUUCUCCCGUAUCGUAAUAAAUUAGCUGAUGCAUUAAAAGCAAGAAUUGCUAAAAUUUUGAAAACCACCAAAGCUAAUGCUAUUGUUAUUUAUGCUGAUCAAGACUAUGUAUUUCAAUUACAAACCUUAUUAUACAUGUAUCCGAGUCCUGAGAAGAUCUGGAUCAUCUCCUACCAUUGGAAUUUGGCUGAGGGAGUUGAAUUCAGUUUUCUAAGCUUUGAGCCAUUCAACGGCAGUUUGUCUUUCACGAUUCAUACAAAAACAAGUCCAAACUUUGAAGAUUUCUCUCAAAAUGUUAAUCCUGUCAGUUAUCCAAAUGAUUUCUAUAUUAAUCGUGUAUGGAUGGAGCUUUAUGACUGCAAUUAUAUAAGAAAGAGUGGUGACUUUGAAUUAUGCAUGGGCAAUGAGACAAUCCGAUCUAAAGAAUACAGAAAUAUCCAUAAAUACAUGUCUCAAUACAGUUAUACUAUAUACAACGCAGUAUAUGCUUUGGCACAUGCUUUGCAUGAAUUGACCUCUGAAUUCAAUAAGGAGCACAUUAUAAAUGAGAUCCAAGCAUGGAAGGUUAAUAAAUACUUAAAAAACAUGCAUUUUAUAAACACAGCAGAGGAAGAUAUUUAUUUUGAUGAAAAUGGAGAUUUUAAUUCUCAACUUGACAUUUUGAACUGGAUUGUAAACCCAGACCAAUCUAUUGAUACCAUUAAAGUUGGACACUAUAAUCAACAAUCUCUCCAAGACCUAACAAUAAAUAAGGAAAUGAUAACGUGGAAUCCAGCAUUUCAACAGACCCAGCACUCAGUGUGCAGUGAAAGCUGUAUCCCUGGGUACAGAAAAUCCUACAAACAAUCCCGAUUCUCCUGUUGCUACGAUUGUGUCCAUUGUCCUCAAGGUGAAAUAACCAAUGACACAGAUAUGGAAACAUGUACAAAGUGUCCAGACCGUCUAUGGCCUAAUGAGAAGAAAGACACAUGUAUCCCUAAACUCAUAACAUACCUCUCCUAUGAAGAUCUACUUGGUGAAUCUCUGGCUGUGGCAUCAGUGUUGUUAUUUCUUAUCACUUGUUUGGUUACAACUAUUCUCAUAAAACACCGAAAUACCCCAGUUGUGAAAGCCAACAACCGAGAUCUAAGCUUCAUUCUUCUCGUCUCUCUAAAAAUUUGUUUUUUAUGUUCUUUGCUAUUUAUUGGUUAUCCACAUAAAUUAACUUGUAUUCUAAGACAAACUGUGUUUGGAAUAAUUUUCUCCAUCUCUGUCUCAUCCAUUUUGGCCAAAACAGUGACAGUUAUUAUUGCAUUUAAUGCGACCAAGCCGGGAAGCAAGUUAAAAAACUGGGUUGGAUCCAGAUCUUCUAAUUCCAUUUUACUGUGUUGUUCCUUGAUACAAGUAAUAAUAUGUUGUGCAUGGUUAGGAAUUUCUCCUCCUUUCCCACAUGAAAAUAUGGAAGUUGAAGUUGGGACGAUAGUAGCUGAAUGUAAUGAUGGGUCACAGAUUGGAUUUUAUAGUGUGCUGGGUUACAUGGGAUUUCUGGCCUUUGUUAGUUUCUUUAUAGCUUUUUUAGCUCGGAACCUUCCUGAUAUGUUCAACGAAGCCAGGUUUAUCACAUUCAGCAUGUUAGUAUUCCUCAGUGUGUGGAUCUCCUUUAUCCCAGCCUAUCUGAGCACCAAAGGGAAGUACGUUGUGGCUGUGGAGAUAUUUGCAAUCCUGACAUCUAGCACUGGGUUGCUGGGGUGUAUAUUUAUUCCCAAGUGUUAUGUUAUACUUAUUAGACCAGAAAGAAACACUAGGGCAUUCAUGAUAAAACAAUAA